AGAAUUCCUCAGCCGGCGUCCACCCCACGAGAUCAGACUCUCUGCCCGGUCCACCUAUCCUCUCCUGUACUCGAUUACGUGCGUCAAGUUUAUCGAGGCUUCGGUGGCAGCUGACUAGUCACUGAGUUCACCAUGUCGACACUCCCACGGACUCCCCGGAGCAGGGGCUGCACACAGUGUAUACAGCGUCACGUAAAGUGCGACGGCCGACCAGACUACUGUAGACAAUGUGCCCGCUUUGGACUCCCUUGUUCCGGUCCUAUUCAGGGACCCAUCAUUCUCGACAUGUCUGCCAAAGUUAGUCGCCCACGCAAGAAACGACGCGCAACGUCUCGGGGCGUUGAUGAGAGACCGGACCGAUUGCAUGCAUCUACGGACGACAGCAACAGCGUAAUAUCAACAGAGGCCAGCAAUUCGAGUCCUCCGACGGAGGAUGAUCUCGCAGUGCGGUCGGAUGCAUCCCCCCUCAGUUGGGAUUGGCAAGCUGCCGCGCAGGACAGUCCAUUGCCAGACCAAAACCUCUCCAUGAUCAUCAUGGACAUCCUGGACAACAGGAGCUUCUUCGAGCAGUGUUUCGUGGAGAAGUUUGUCGAGUUGAGUACGAGUUCGAGGCUGGGCGUGAAUCCGAAGCGGCCACGAUCAUGGGUAUUUGUCCUUCCCGACCUCCUAUCAAACACCCACACCCCCUCUGUAAGAUUCUCGAUUCGAGCGGCCAGCUUGAUCUUUUUCGCGGUUUUUCAGCACAACAAGAGCGCCGAGGUCGAGGCUGUGCGUUGGUACCUGGCCGGCCUCGAAAGCCACCGUGGAUUCAUCCAGGGUUGCAGCAACACCGGCACAAAUUCAUUGACGCACAGGUCGGUGUCAAGCAGCCCGGACAUAUCGGUGCCGAUGAUGUUUCUCUACUUCGAGACGAUGAAGCGGACGUCCCUUGACGCCUGGGCUCACCAUAUUGCGGCGGCCGUCGCCACAGUCGAAGCCCAAGGCCCGGAUCAUUACCGUGUCGGCCAGGAUCACGCCAUGUUCAGAUCUCUUCGCACGUAUGCGGCUUUCAAGGCAUUUCUCAAGAACGACCCCUGCGGCUUCGCAUCGCAAGAGUGGUGUGACGUGCCCUUCCGAGACAGCACCAAGAUCGCCUACGACUUUCUAAUUGACGUCCUCCUCGCCGUCCCUCACCGGCUGAAGCUCACUUUGGUCCCCGGGGGCGACUUCCGGGACUGCCUGCACAGGAUCGCAGGUCUCGACGCCUCGGACCGGCAGACGCUGGAAAGGGAGACACUCGUGCUCCUCCAACGCCUGCAGAAUUGGUGGUGGCAUUUCACACGCGAGACCGGCGUCGUUGCCGGUCGGCCGACUGCAGACCUGACACGCUAUGCCGUCGACUCACUCGCGGAUCCGUCGCCUCCUGGACAGUGUGUCUUCCCCGACACCUUGACGGCGAAGACGGUCUCGCUGUACAAUUCCAUGAUGGUCAUCGUCUACUCCGUGCUGCUGACUCUCGAGGAGUGCGACCCGUCGGCCCUUGAGGGCGUGCUGUCGCCCAUUCCGCGCUACCGCUCCGAGAUCGAGCGCCACUCGUCCUCGGUGCUGAUGGCCGCCUGGUAUCAGAGCUGGCGCAAUCCCUACUGCGGCGAUGCGUUGCGGACGGGGUUCUCCCUAAAGAUCGUGUCGUGGCUGGGCGCGGACGAGGGGCAAAAAAAGGAAGCAGGCAGGAUGAUGGCUAUUUGGGGGAUGGAGAGCACCAUUGUGGGAGGGCCGGGGGACUGAUCUUCGAGACAGUAUAUAGCAUCUGGUUGAAUGGUCCAUGAUUCUAUGGAACAUGUACGAUUCAGCAAAGAUGAAUCCCCCAGAGUGUAUGAAAAUGACAUUGUAUAUUUGUCUAUCUUGCUCACGACCCUCCUUGAACGAGACACCAAACAGCACCU